AAAGAGAAUCCCGGCCCGUGUCCAGAAGACGCCUCAGCCACCGCAAAAUCCCCAAAUCCGCGGCGGAGAGGAGAGAGCCGGAGAGAGGGGCGCAGCCAGAGAGAUCGGAGAAGGGGAAGAAGAUGGUGCGGGUGGCGACCUACUUCGCGAUGACCUUCGGGGCGUUCCUCUUCUGGCAGUCCAUGGACAGGGUCCACGUCUGGAUCGCCCUUCACCAGGACGAGAAGAAAGAAAGGAUGGAAAGGGAGCUGGAGAUAAAGAGAAUGCAGGCAGAGUUACUGGCCCAAGCUAAAGAGAAUGAAUCAUGAUUGUCAUUUGUCCAAUGGUUUCAGGCAGUUCCUUUAUCGUAUUUCCUCUGCUGUAUUUUCCAUGCAAUAUCUUGACUGAUGUAUGCUCAUGCUCAGCACCUCCAAUAAAGCGAGACAUGCUAUAGCAUUGUUGAAUGCAAGUGGGUAUGCAGUUUGCAGUAUGCUUAUGUUGAAUUGAUGUAACUUAGCCGAACUGAAAGAGGCUGCCCCAGCUUGAUUGGAACAGAGGAAUUUGCUGCUGUUUUUGUUCUUAUUACGGAACAACACAAGUCAACUCUAAAAAAAAA